GCCACAAUCUCUGUACAGCUGGUGCAGCUGUUCUGUGACAAUAUCCUAGGUUUGUCGGAAAACAUUAGUGAAUAAACAGCUUCAUAAAGAAACCCUUUAUAUUUUUUUCUCCCACUUGACAUUUUCUUCCGUGCUUUGUGUUGUUUCUAAAAGUCCAUUAACAUAUUGGAGGUUGUGGUUGUAAUGUGGCAAAGUCUGGAAACAGAUGCGAGGUGUUUGGAUUGCAUGGGAUCAUGCUAUAAACAAACGGCAAUUUUUGUGCAUUUUGCUUUUCAUAUAUGAAGAAUAAAGCGUGGAAAAUGACAUUUAGCAAUUGCGUCUGUUUCCAAACAAAUCCAAACUAGUAUAAUUAUGAUUGGCAAAUGCCGUUAUUGUUUUUGUCUUCUGUUUCCUCAAAGCAGUAAAUCUGUAAAAUGAAAUAAAAAUCAAGUUUUACACAUGUUCUAGGUAUCAUUAGACUGCGCUACAAAAAAAAAUUGAGAAUAGGAUUCGGAGCACUACAAAUAAAUACGGAGAAAAAUUUUGAUGUGUGGUCUACAGCUACACAUUUCUGACACAGAGAAGUCAAUGAAGUCUUUUAUUUUGAAAAUCCAGCUCUGCUGAUUUUGCAACCUGCUCAGAGUUGAAGCCAAAGAUCACCCACAACCUGUAACUCUAUGCAAGAAUGUAGAUGAGCUUUACUUUAUGCAGAUCUGUCAGGAAAUCAUGACAAUGAGGUGCCACUUUCAGAUGCUGGCCAUGGUGGAGUUUGCACAUGAGCUGCUGUAAAUGCAUACCUAUGCUUAACCGUUGAAAGGCCACAAAUACCCGGAUCUCCUUGCAGAUUGUGAAGUGAUGCCGUUUUUGGAAUUCGUAGCUGGGAGCAUUUCAGGUGCAGUGGGAAUUGCAGUGGGACAUCCGUUGGACACAGUGAAGGUGCGCCUGCAAGCCAAGUCUGUGUAUAAAGGGAUAUUUGACUGUGUGACUAAGACAUACUUGAACGAAGGAUUCCAUGGAUUCUUCAAGGGCAUGUCCUUCCCUGUUUUGACCACUGGCCUUGCCAACUCCAUUGUCUUUGGCUCCUACAGCAAUGCUUUGGAUUACCUCUCUCAGUCUGAUCGUUGUCCCACCAGCCACUGCAGACAAGUGUCUUCACUACAAGUCUUUACUGCGGGUUGCUUUUCAGGCAUCGUGCAGGUGCUGGUUUGUGCCCCGGUUGACCUGGUGAAGGUGCGUCUGCAGGGUCAAACAACGGCCGAGCGGUACCGUGGACCCAUACACUGUGUGGCAGUCAUACUCCAACAGGAAGGGGUCAGGGGUCUCUAUAGAGGAGCGGCGGCUCUGGCUCUGAGGGACGUACCGUGCUACGGACUCUAUUUCCUGCCUUAUGAGCUCACUCGUAAGGCCCUGACUGAGACCGGAGAAGAGCCAGGUACCUUUGCCAUACUGAUGGCAGGAGGCGUGGCAGGUGUGGUGACCUGGGCCUGUGCCACGCCCAUGGACGUUGUGAAAGCUCGGCUCCAGAUGUCUGGAGCUGGUGGCCAGCAGUACAGCGGGGUCCUGCACUGCAUAAGAGUGAGCUUGAAGGAGGAAGGAGUCAGAGUCUUCUUCAAAGGCCUCCUGCUGAACAGCGUCAGGGCGUUCCCCGUCAACGCCGUGACCUUCUUGACCUACGAGAGUCUGCUGAAGAGCUUCUGUCCAUCGGGCAAAUGAGAAAAAAUAUUUUCAGCAAAUGAACGCCAAGGAACGCCACGUCUGAUGUCUUCAAGGUGAUAUUGCAAAGAGAUUCGGAAAUCUGUACACAGAUAAAGGCUAAAACAGCCAAGGUUUGUCUCUAUAUGAGGUAAUGUAUGCUCUGUUAAAAGAUAAACAAAGCUAAGCAGCUUAGCUAUACCUCAAUACCUCAGUAACACAACAGAGAAUCCAAUAUUUUUACUGUAGAAAGUUGCAGUUGUGCUACUAUUUUUACUUUCAACAUCAAAACCUAUUAUUACCUAACUCUUAGGUUAGAUGGUCAAGUAUUAAAAAAAAAAAAGUAAAACGAAGCUUUGCUUCAGCAAAAGUAGCAAAAUAUGUGCACUGUACAAAUCAGGGGCAUAAUCAUCCCAGAUAGGUUUACUUUAUAGACAUGAUCAUUUAUUGUUAUUAAUUUCUUCAUGUUUAGAACCAUGUAAAAUGUCUUUUAGAUUCACAUACAUGAAUUAUUUGGCUUUGCCAAGUCCUUUGGUAGCUACAAAUGUGAAUCUUUAAAGAUUUAUGUUUUUACCACACAUCUACCUCAAAGAUGCUAGUUCUCCGCUCUUCUUGCAGAUUUGGAUGAUCUGCUAGGCCAGUCCUGAUCCCAGAAGGUUUGAAAUGUUUUGAAUUAUUCUGCUCGUUUGCUUACGAUAAGUGCAGUCAGUGUUGCUAUCUGAACCCGAAGGUUUUAUUACAAGCUGCCAACGUGUAAGAUCCGAAUUUAUGCGUUGAACUAGUUUUAGACUGAGUUUUGCCUUGGAAAAAGGUCACCAAUGCAAAACAUGGUUUUUUUUUCUGCACACAACUUUCAAAUACACUUUAUGCUGUAUGUACUGUAAUUCUCCAAAAUAAUGAAGAACUGUAUUAAAAUGGCUACUUUUA